UCAAUCAAAAGCAGCCAUGUCAAGCGAAAAAAAGAGCGAUGUGAACUAAUUGCGGAGAAGAAGGGGCCGUUAUUUCGACACACGCCGCGUUAAAGUCAGCGGAUCCGUUUAUAAAUGACAGUUAGCAUUGUGCCGCAUUCAGCUGCCGUUGAAGUUGGCCAGCAUUAUGUUUCUUUUACGCGGAUAACGACACACCGGGACACUUUGACAUCGAUGUCCUAAAAACGGAAUAAUAACCCGCUUCGCGUUUUAUGUGACCCAGUAGUUUGUUCUGGAGAAAACGAGCCAAAUGAUGUCAGGGAAGCAUUACAAGGGUCAAGAAGUCAGCUGCUGCAUCAAAUAUUUCAUAUUUGGAUUUAACAUAAUAUUUUGGUUGCUUGGCGUGGCUUUCCUUGGAAUCGGAUUGUGGGCAUGGAGUGAGAAGGGGGUUCUGUCUAACAUCUCCUCCAUCACGGAUCUGGGUGGAUUUGACCCGGUGUGGUUGUUUCUGGUGGUGGGAGGGGUGAUGUUCAUCCUGGGCUUCGCGGGCUGUAUCGGAGCCUUGAGGGAGAACACCUUCCUGCUCAAAUUUUUUUCUGUGUUUCUGGGGAUAAUCUUCUUCCUGGAGCUGACCGCCGGCAUCCUGGCCUUUGUCUUUAAAGACUGGAUUAAAGAUCAGCUCAACUUUUUCAUCAACAACAACAUACGAGCCUACAGAGAUGACAUUGACUUGCAGAACCUCAUCGACUUCACUCAGGAAUAUUGGGAAUGCUGUGGUGCGUUCGGAGCAGAUGACUGGAACCUCAACAUCUACUUUAACUGCACAGACAGCAACCCCAGCCGAGAAAAAUGUGGCGUGCCCUUCUCCUGUUGCACCAAAGACCCGGCAGAGGAUGUGAUCAACACGCAAUGUGGAUAUGAUGUUCGGGCGAAACCGGACGCAGAGCAGAAGACGUACAUCAACGUCAAAGGCUGUGUGCCGCAGUUUGAGAAAUGGCUUCAGGACAACCUGACAGUAGUGGCUGGGAUCUUCAUCGGCAUCGCUCUGCUGCAGAUAUUUGGAAUAUGCCUCGCGCAAAAUUUAGUCAGCGACAUCGAGGCUGUGAGAGCCAGCUGGGUGCCGCCCCUCUCUUACGUCGCCCGCCGCCCCCCGUCCCACUACGGCAAGAAAGCCUCGGCGUACUCCUGAGGGAGGCCGGCCUGUUUGUUCACAUGAAGUGGCAGCUAGUCUUGCAGACACUCACAGGCCUGUGCCAGCACGAUUAAGGUAGCGAAUGAUGAACACAAGAUGCCAAGUGCACUGGUUCGCACACGUGUGUGUGUGUGUGUGUGUGUGUGUGUCUCCACCAUAACCUUUUACCAUCUGUAAAUAGCGCUACUUUUUCUAGAGUGUUUUACGUGUCAAAACGUGUGUGAUGUGAAAAUACGAUGCGUCCACAGAGGUUGCGUUAACCAAAAAAAAUGACCACCAUUUGCGGGACUGUACAAGCGUUACGAAAAGCAUCGUCCGAAACGCUGUCCAUCGCUUUGGCGCAAAAAAAGAUGUCCGUCUCAAUCGGCUCACUGUUGUAGUUCACUGUUCAGGACACUGUUUAGGGUGCAAAGAAACAUUUGCUCACUAAAAAUUCCCACAAUGCACCAUAAAAACCGGUGAACUAAUGUCAAAAAUGUUAACAAUAAAUGGGUUUAAUUGGCAUAAUGACUUUAUUUUAUUAAGCUAUAGCGAGUUUUAUAAUCAAUGCUUAUUUCGUUCAUCUUUCUAUUGCGUUGUGUCGCAUUAUGUUUUGAAACUGCAGAGCUUUGAUCAUAAAACCAGACGCCUAAGACAUAUUACUAAGAGAUACAGGCUCACAUGUGAUACUUGUAUGAAUUUUAUGUUAUAAGGAUCUCAUUGAUUCAUAUUACAAUACCAUAUUUUGGUCAUACAAACAUCACAAACUGCACUAAAUGUAAUGUUUAGUGCUUUUUCCCUCUUUGGAGAUGAGCUCCAUAUUUCAAACGCUUACUUAAACUGUCGCAUUUCAAAAAACGUGAUUUUUUUAAAGACUAUUAUUUCACAUGUCCGGCUUUAUAAGGUCAAUUAUUCUAAAAUACGCUAUAUUAAGACGCUAUAGUCCUGGAAAUGAAGUUUUCCAGUUAGUGGCGGGUGAUUCUUUUUAACGCAGCCUCUGUGCGUCUGAAGCUCAGUCAGGGAGUUUCUCAUUGAGAGUGUUUUUUUUUUUUUUUUAAUCAUCCUCUCAACGCUGGCUCAUGCAUUUCAGUCGUGUGUUUAAAAAGCGUUUCUGGCGACUUGCGUCCACUAAAACCGUCGGGAAGGCGUUUUUGUAAAAUGUACUUUUGUCCUUGCACUAACAAACGAGAGAUCCCAGAGAAUUUCUUACGCAGAUGUUUAUCUUUCACGAGCCGUUUCUGAUAAACGAGACCCGUGGCAGUAUUUUUCCGGGACGUACGGACUAAUCAGACGCUCGUUUCGUUGUAAAUAUCUGAGUGAUAUUUUAGCACUUUCACAAUGCAGUCGUAACACUACUGUACGUAGCACUCGUGUGUAAUUAUACAUCACUAAAAACGCUUUUAACGUGGUUUAUGUCUCUCUUUUUCUUUUAAAGACAUUCUGGUGUAGCUUUUACAAUUACGAUGCAUUUCAAACGUGUUCAUGCUUGUAAAAAGAAGGGAGACUCCAUCCGGAGGUGUGAUGAUUUUUAGGCCGCGUGUCGUACAUUUACUUGAUGCUCCAGCAAUAAGACAAAACAUUUUCAAUAAAUUAUUUCUCAGCAUUGUAAUGGGUUUUCUGUAUAAUUAAUUGUUUGGUGGUACGUUAUCGUUUGUCCUCGGAGGAGAGAAUCCCGUUAGCGACAAAAACGGUCACGCAUCAGUAAAAACUGCUGUUAAUUCUUAGUUAAAAAAUGUGAUGCCAUUAUGACUCAUAACUAAUUAUAUGAUUUAUAAUUCAAUUAAAUAUUCUAACAAUUUCAA